AAACAAAACAUCUGCAAAAAUUGGAAGAAUUUUUUUGCCGAGAGUAAGAGAAAUGGGUGGCGUUCAGAGAUCGGUAGUAACAGUAACUGGAUUGAUUUUGCUGGUCGUAAGUUCUGCGAAAAGUGUUCCCAAUACAAGCAUCAUAAGUGUCCUCUGCAAUUCAGGGGUGUAUUCUAAUGGCGACCCUUUUGCCACGAGUUUAGCUUACGUUCUUGAUGAGUUACAGACCCAGACGCCAACCCAAAAAGACUACGAUUACUUCAACAUCUCGCCAUACCCUAAUGCAUUUGCUUACGGCCACGCAGCUUGUAACAAGAACCUAACAAGUUCAGAUUGCGGCACCUGUCUUGGCUCCGCCGGAGCAGCCAUGUUAUCCACCUGCCGAGCACGGAUAGGCGCUCGGGCCGUGCUCCGUGAUUGCGCUAUUCGAAAAGCUACCUGCAACAGCUUGUGUUGAAUUGAAAAUUUGGCUUCUGGGCCGCUCAGAAUUGCUACUAAGAGUGGGAGAAUUUCUGCAGUUCUCACUUUUUCUGGUACCUUCCCCUCUCCAUCUUCCUGUGGCUUCGAGGAUCUGCCCUUCCUCAGCCGCCGUAUCAACCUCUGCUUCAUCGUCGGCGAAAACUCUUCUGUGCAGAUAGCAGUUUCUCUCUCUCUCUCCCCACGCCUUCUUUUAAAUUGAAAACGAAUCCCUAACUUUUCGCCCGCUGCUCCGACUUGGCCGCAGCGCUGCCUUUGGCCUCGAGAAUCUGCCAUUCAUUAACCGCUGUCAACAUCCGCGAAGACUCCUCUGCUUCAGUCACACCUUCUGCUGCCUGAGGUUAGUCCUCGAAUGUUCGUUUCUUAUUGUGUAAUAGCAUAGAAUUAGAAGAGUGGAAGAGAAGAAAACAUUUGAUGGAAGUUUUGGUGCCCGAGUGAAU